AUGGAUAUCCUCAAAUCAAAUUUCAAAGAACUAUUACCAAGCAUUGAAGAAUCUAUUUUAAAUUGUGAUUUCGUGGCCAUAGACACUGAAUUAACUGGCUUAAGUGAACGUGUAGAACGGAUUAAAAGUUUUGAUGAUCCCGUUUCAAGGUACAAUAAAGUUCGAAUAGCAGCAACCAAGUUUCUUAUAAUUCAAUUUGGCUUAUGUACUUAUACAUACUCUCACACUGAAGAUUGUUUUAUAGCAAAACCGUUUAACUUUUAUAUCUUUCCAGCAGAUUCUGAUAGGAAAGAUUAUCAUGACAUUUGUUUUAUGUGCAGUGGAUCAAGUUUACAUUUUUUAUCUAACUGUGGAUUUGAUUUUAAUAAAUUGAUUUCUUAUGGAAUACCUUUCUUAAAUUAUACGGAUGAAGAAAAACUUUUGCAAAGGAGAUCUGACAUUUCACAGAGACAAAUGGACAAUCCGGUGGAGGAUGAUAUCAGAGCAUCUGAUCAAAUUUACAUAGUAAUUAUGCUUACUUUUGAUUGGGAAUUGAUUACAAGUACAAUCAUUGAUGAUUGGCUACACAAUUCAACAACUCAACAAUUAACGAUAGAAACUCCAACGGUCAAAGAGAAACGUUUGCUUUUUCAAGAAUUUCGUGCAAGAUUUAUUGGUUAUGCAUCAGCAGACAGUAAACCCAAGAGUAUCUUGUUUAUACGGUUUACAAAAGAACAGAGAGAGAAAAAAUCACAAAAAAAUGCUGAAGAAGCUGUGGUUUCCAACAUAAAUUUUCGAACCAUCAUAGAGUUGUUGGUUAAAUCUAAAAAGCCAAUAGUUGGACAUAAUUGUUUAUUAGACCUUUGUCAACUAGUGCAUCAAUUUUGGAAAGAAUUGCCUGAAAAAUUAAAGGAUUGGAAAAGUCUUGUGCACGAAAUGUUUGAGGUUGUUAUAGAUACCAAACACAUAGCAGCAAGUAAUCAUAAAUUACAAGAACUUAUUCCAAGAAAUGGGGUUCAAGAUAUCUUGGAAAUUGUUCAAACUGAAAAUUUUGAGAAGAUAGCUCCCAAAGCUGGCUAUGAUGCAUAUAUAACCGGUUAUAAUUUUCUUAGGUUGGCAACAUUUGUGUUGCAUGAAAAAGAAAUAAAAGUUGAUUUAUAUAAUCAUAUAUUUAAUGAGCAUAUGUCUGAUGCUUCGGAUGAAACAAUUCAAGAAAUAGAUAGUGGUAAUGAUCCUGAGGCAGUAACAGAAGAAGAAAUUUAUGUUGAAGGACCUAAUCUCAUAAAGACACUAUUAACCACCGAAAAAGUUAACAUAUAUUAUAACAAACUUCAUUUACUAAGGUCUGACUUUAAAUAUAUAAAUUUGGUGGGAGACAAUGGGUAUCCUUUGCCUAAAACAAAUGGUUUUUUACUUUCAGAUGUUCCUGCAAGUUGCAACCAAAUAAUUUUACACAUUAUUUUUGCAGAAUUUGGUAAUAUUUUUUUCCAAUGGAUCGAUGAUACUAAUUGUUGGAUGGUGGUAAAGAAUGAUAAAAAAGCUGAUAAAGUUCCAGAAGGAAUGCUUGGUGAAUCAAAAUUUUUCAAGAAAUUCAAGGAAGGCGGAAAAAAUUAUGAAUUGGCCAGGGAAAAAGGUAUAACAGUCCAAUUUGAUGGUAUUUAUAUCAAAUCUUGGGGAAAAUGGCUUAGAGAAUUGAUGUAUGCAGAAGAAGAUAAUCAAAUAAACGAGGAGGAAGGGGAAUACAUGGCUGAAGGAGAAGAAGAGUGUUAUGAUAAAUCUAGAGAGUUGAUGGAAUUCGAAUUUACUAAUUCUUUUCCACCACCUCAAGAUUUAGAUUCAUCAUGGCCAAUAGACGAAGAAAAUGAAGAAUCACUAGGAGGUACAAAUGCAUCUAGUGAAAUAAAUACGGGUAAUGCCAUUACUGGUGCAGAAUUUCCAGCUGCUCUAGAGUGUACUGAUUUUACAUUCUAUAAAUCUUUCUUAAUCUAG